AUGCCCUGCAGAAUUAAAGAUGAAGAUACAGAGGAACAAACAGACUCCGUGGAAGCGAAUGAAGACAAACAGCAUCAGUUUCAAAAACCUAAGUUCAUAAACGAAGAUGGAAACGCCACCGUUUUACAGACUGAAAAGAAUUUCGCACAAAAACAAACUCGCGUAACUGGAGACAAAGGGUCUUUCAGCUGCUCCGAGUGUGGAAAGCGCUUUUUGCGCAAAAGAUACUUGACUGUGCACUUGAAAAUUCACACUGGAGAGAGGCCUUAUACAUGCACUCAGUGUGAAAACGGUUACAUACAUAAAUCGCACCUUAAGAUGCACAUGAGAUCUCACACUGGAGAAAGGCCUUAUAUAUGCACUCAGUGUGGAAACAGUUUCGCACGUAAAUCAAAACUCGAGAUACACAUGAGAAUUCACACUGGAGAAAAACCCUUCACAUGCACUCAGUGUGGGAAGAGUUUCACAUCCAAAAGUGUUCUGAGGAGACAUCAGCUCUCUCACGCUGGAGUGAAAUCAUUCAGCUGUGAUCAGUGUGAUAAAACAUUUGCUUUUGCAUCUAAUUUGAGAACGCAUCUUAAAGUUCACGCUGGUGUGAAGCCUCACUUUUGCUCUUUUUGUGGAAGGAGUUUUUCAGUGCUAAAAACUUUAAAAGUUCACCAGACUAUUCAUACUGGAGUGAGAUCUUAUAUGUGCUUUGAGUGCGGGAAGAGCUUUGCUACAUCCAGCGACUUAAACAAACACCAGAAGAUUCACACUGGAGAGAAACCGUACAAGUGCUCACACUGUGAAAAGAGUUUCGCUCAGUCAUCAGCCUUGAAAACCCAUUUGAGAGUUCACACUGGAGAAAAGCCGUACCAGUGCUCUUCGUGUGGGAGGUGUUUCACCUGUUCCUCUAAUCUACUAAAACAUAAGAAAAAGCAUUGCCCAAAGUUGUCUAAGUGAGCAAAACUCAUGUUCAGAUCCAUCACUUUCAGGUUAAUACUGAAUGUGCUUUAAUUUGCAUGAAACCAAGAGGUUCAUCAACUGUACAGAAGUAAAUAGUUUGUCUAAAUGUUCAUUAAACUGUUACAGAAAAAAUAUUUCUGACGGGUAAUUCAUUAUCCGGCUUUAUAGGGUUAAAAGAUUGUUGAUUCUUGAUCCUCAGAAUAACUUGCAGUAUUUCAAUAUGAAGUUAUGAUAAUAGAUGGUCAGUACCACAGAUUUUCCUCUAGAUGACGAUGUUUGUUUUCAUUUCAACCACUAAAUCUGCUGUUUACCAGACUGUGUGUACCUUUUAUUUGGGUGAAAUAAAUCUGACAACUUAUAAAUCCACUGAG